CGAAUUGAUGAGGAAAAUAGCGUAAGACUUGACUCUAGGUACGCCAGUUCACCAUGUUCCUGUAUGCACUGACGUUGCAGCGUGCAACAGGCAUCACGCACGUCAUACAUGGCAACUUCAGCGGCACCAAACAACAGGAGUUGGUUAUCUCGCGUGGUAAAAUCCUGGAGGUUCUGCGGCCGGAUUCAAAUACUGGAAAAAUCUACACUCUACUGACACAAGAAAUAUUUGGUGUAGUGAGGUCGCUGGUUGCGUUUCGAUUAACUGGUGGAACAAAAGAUUACAUCAUCGUUGGCUCCGAUUCUGGUAGGAUUGUGAUCUUUGAGUACCUCCCCUCCAAAAACUGCUUUGAAAAGAUUCAUCAAGAGACAUUUGGCAAGAGUGGAUGUCGUCGUAUUGUACCAGGGCAGUUCCUUGCAGUAGAUCCCAAGGGUCGUGCAGUGAUGAUUGGAGCAAUUGAAAAACAAAAACUUGUGUAUAUUUUAAACAGAGAUGCUCAAGCCAGGUUGACUAUCUCGUCUCCCUUGGAAGCUCACAAGUCAAACACAUUUUGUUAUCAUAUUGUUGGAGUGGAUGUUGGAUUUGAAAAUCCAUGUUUUGCCUGUCUGGAGGUGGAUUAUGAGGAAGCAGACAGUGACCCAACAGGAGAGGCUGUACAACACACACAACAAAUGUUAACAUUUUAUGAGUUAGACUUAGGAUUGAAUCAUGUCGUCAGGAAAUACAGUGAACCUGUAGAAGAACAUGGAAACUUUCUCAUUGCAG